GGGGCGAAGGGAUUCAUGACUUAAUGGCGGAGGAACUACUUCUGGAGCGCAAUGGAAAACCCAGCGCGCAUCUCACGAGGCCUCUGCUGGCCGUGGCGUUCCUGGCCUCGUUCGGCAGCUCCAUGCUCUACGGCUACAACCUGGCGGUCGUCAACUCUCCCGCGCAGGAAGGGGACGCUGGUGAGAGCCACCGGCUGGUGUUCAUAGGAGGAGCUCUCAUGGGCUUCAGCAGGCGGUGCCGGAUGCCCACGAUGGUCAUCGUUGGACGCUUCAUCACGGGUCUACACUCCGGUAUCUCUCUCAGCGUGGUGCCCAUGUACCUCGGUGAGAUCGCCCCUAAGAACCUGCGGGGCUUCCUGGGCCUCGUUCCCAGCAUUCACAUUUGUCUUGGAGUCUUCAUCGCUCAGGUCCUGGGACUCUCCGAGCUGCUGGGAAAGAUCUGGUUCUAUACGAAUGACAUUUUUAAGAAAGCAGGAAUCCCAGAACCUCUGAUUCAGUACACGACUGUGGGAACUGGAGCCAUAGAGGUCAUCUCUGGGAUGCUGGGGUGUUUCACUAUCGAGCGUGUGGGCAGAAGACCUCUGAUGAUCGGCGGCUUCCUCUUCAUGGCUCUGUGCUGCACUGGCAUCACGGUGUCUGCCCUCUUCCAGGCGCAGCUGUCCUUCAUGCGCUACGUCAGUGUCGGCUGCGUGGUGGGGAUUAUUGCCGGUUUCUGCAUCGGUCCAGCCGGUGUGCCCUUCCUGAUCACCGCAGAGCUGUUCAAGAAGUCCCACCGACCGGCUGCCUACACUGUGGCCGGGUGCCUCAACUGGAUGUCCAACUUCACCAUCGGCUUCGUCUUUCCCUUCUUAGAGGACGCCAUGGGUCCUUACUGCUACCUGAUCUUCAGCGUGAUCUGCUUGGGGGUGGCCGUCUACACCUUCUUCGUUAUCCCCGAGACCAAAAACAAAACCUUCAUGGAGAUCAGCCAGAUGUUCGCCGCCAAGAACAACGUCCUGGAGGAAGAGUUGACCUCCAACGGUCUUGUGAAAAUGUCCGUGAUGAACGGCUAUGGGACUCGUAGCCUCAGUGAAACAUAAAUGGACCCUGCGUGUAAAUGACGGUCUCUUCUCUCAGGGUGCCUUCGUAGCGGAGAUAAAAGGUGGAACAUUCGGUCGCCACGAAUAGAUCUGCCGCUUCGUGUGGAAACUACAAAGAUCGUCACCGACACGCACAAAAGUUCCAUUUUUUAAACCGUUAAUCCUUCGGUCCAAAGUGGAGCUCUUGUACUGUACGUGAGACCGGAGUCACACGGCCGUGCGUUUCAAAUCAACCGUCAGUGACAUUUUAAUCCAUUUCUCUGCAUCUUAAAGCGCUUUUUACGGGAGCCGAGUUGGUUUCUCGGAUGUUUAAUCUCCACGUUAGCUUCACUUUGUCGUCACGCGUCCCAUGAUCGCCUUAUUGUUCAUAGUUUGUUGAGGAAUACUGUCUCUUUGUUGCUCAGUGAAAACUGUGUUUCAUGAGUGAACUAAAGGAAAGCCAUUUGUCUGAUGUUGCACACAGUGACAAUCAGGUGAAGGAUUUUAAUUGUUACCACAUGUUAUUACAUUAAGUUGACUUACAAUCAUACACUGUAGACACAGCUAGCAAUUCAGGGUUAAGUGUCUUGCUCAAGGACACAUCGAUUAGGGCGGGGAUUGAACUUCCUAUAUUCUGAUUGAAAGAAGGACCUGUUAACCACUGACCCACAGUCACACUGUUCGAAGCUCUUCAUGAAGAGCUUGACCAAGAACUUCAUCUUACGUCCUUUCACUCUGUGAUUAUUUUAAGAGUUUGAUAUUGUGGCUUUUGCAGUCUUUUCAUAUGUCUCAUCCAAAUAUUUGCAUAUAUAAAGCUUGUUGAAAAGCUAUAAUUUAUCAAUAUAUCACAACACGGUACAAGUUUGUUCAGGCGUACAUUUUUUUAUUUAACACUCUUUUAAUUGUUUUACAAGACCUCUUUGUGUCAAAUAUGGUGCAAAUAAAUAAAUGUGCAUAUUCAAAUAUGUCUCUGUCUUCUGAGUUUUCCUAACUGCAUUGAACUGUACACUGUCUUCUGUUGAUUGAGCCUCAAAAAAUCACAACAAACACCAAAAUUAGAGCAAAGAAAGUACAAAUAGAUUAAUGUACAGUAUGAGCUAUAGCUUACCGCGUUGUAGCAUACGAU